AUGAAAAAUAAACCCGUCAAAGGAACAAUAAACUUCGCACAGACAGAUGAUCAAGCCUUCAACGGAACAUUUUGGACUUACUGGAGCAACUAUUUGACACUUGGCAAAGCUGGAAUGAAUGGAUACUACCGAUUUCGUUCUCGAUGGAUUUCCGCUAACUUCAUGAUCGCAACCGGCCUGUGUCUUGCUGUUCUAGCGUCUUAUUCAGAAAAUUAUCAGCUGACUUCAAUCUUAGCUGGAAUUGCUGUUUGCUUGCUCGCGUAUUUCUUCGAAGCCAUCAACAGGCGAUCUGUUCCCGGAAGCUUGAAAAUAAUCGAUACAGACGAAGAAAAACUCGACGGCCCAGUUCCAUCAGCAGGAGUCCUUUCGAUCCGCCAAUCAACCCGUGAUGAUGAUCUGAACAACUUCGACUUCGCGUAUGGCUUGUUUUUACUCGGGGUGAUUCUUGAAGCUGCCGUCCUUUACCACUUCUACGAAGAAGAGAAGAUUUUCAACAUUCUGUGUGUUCUUCUCACAACUAUGAAUCUUUUACUUUUCAUCAACGCGAUAAACGAGCCAAAUGCUACCACGGAAUCAUUUGAAGAGAAGCUUUCGCAAAAACUAUCAAUGGCGCCUUAUUGUCCCAUCCCAUCUGCUGGUUCAACAUGUUCACGAAAGGAAACCAGUAAGAAAGCCAAAGGCGACCUUGAUCAACCGAAUCCAUCUGCGAAUCCGCCGCCUCAACCUGUCGUCGAGUACGAAGAUUACGAAUACGAACCCGCCCAGCAACCCCCUACUCAAACGCAUCCACAACCGCUUCCUCAACCGACUGUUCAACCAACCGCAGCAGAAGAAGAGUACGAAUAUGACGAAGAAAUAACUCAAUCCAUUCAAGCGCCUGUGCCUCAGCCUGUUCAAACGAAUGUCCAAGCGGUAGUAGAAGAAGAAUACGAGUAUGAAGAACAAGAACCAAUUCAAGCUUUUCAAGCGCCGGUGCAGCCUUCUGCUCAGAAACCAGUUGUCCAACAAACCGCACCAGAGCAAGAAUAUGACUACGAGCAAUACGAGCCUUUGCCAGGCCCACGAGCGAACUCACCAGAGCCAAGCGAAUUGGAAAUCAUUCACGAGGACUCCAUUUUGGACACGAGCGCUGUCGAACGCGUCCCUACUUUUGAAGCCAACCAGAUGGAAGAGUACCUCGCCAACAAUGAGUUAGCCAGAGAUAUUAUGGAAACGGGCUCUCAACAAACCCUAACUGGCGUUCAAAAUUCACCAAUGAAGAAAAAAUCCAGCGUGUUUUCAAGAAUCUAUUCGAAACUUUCCAGAAAGAACUCCAAGGCAUCUUCCAAGGCUUCCAAAGCGCUGAUUCCAGAAACUAUCGAAACUGCACCAGACGUUGCUGGCGAAAUCGAAUACGAUUACGAAGAAGAACCUGUUUUUCAGGGAGAUCAAGGGCAACAUGAGCCAACUAUCGAAUAUGAAGACCGUAAUGUAGAGCCGGAAAAAAUCAAAAUUAUCGAAACAGAAAAGGAUUUCUCUUCACUCGCAAUAACACAGCAAAAGCAAGAGCAAGAGAUCGAGUAUGAAUACGAAGAUGAAGAGCCUGAGGCGGCUCCUUUUGCUCAAGCAGAUGAUCAGCUGAUGGGAGAAUAUCACGAAUACGAAGCUCUUCUUUCUGUGAAAGCUGAAAACGCUGCUCAAGCUAUCGAAAAGCUCACGACUGUUGAGAGUAUCACUUCUUUGCAAUAUCUCAAAUCAGCGGAUGGAGGCGAAGAAUACUACGAAGCUACAGUCAGGAUGAACGCUGGCUCGCAAGAUGCGGUCUUGAAGGAUAUCGGAGGUGUUGCCUCCGUUUAUUCUGUUAAAUCUUUAAAUCAAACUGGAGAAGAAAUCAUUGUGGCAAAGACAGCUCCAGUAGGGGACUACUAUCACACUCCAAAGUCAAUUUUGAAGUCGCCAUCGUCCGAUUCUCUUGGAAAAACAGCUUCCCGGGUAUCUUUUUCGCCUCAAGAAUCCGAAAUCAUCGAGUAUCCGAUGGAAGAAAUCGAGGCUGAAGCUCGACAUGUUGUUGCCACAAUACCGUAUGAUGAAUACGAGUAUGAAGAAGAGGAAGAACCCCUUCAAGAGAAGUCUGAAAGUGCUUUGAAAAAAGUUGGCUCCGAUUAUGUGGCGGCUGUUGAAGCGACUGGCCGAUCAAGAGAAUCUGCUUUUAGAAAUCUUUCGAAAUUGAGCUCCAUCAAUGAUUUAAAAAGAGUAGAUGAUACUUUACCAAAGCCUGUUAUUCCAGGUGAAGCUGAGAAAGGCUAUUCUUACGACGAAGAAUACGUUGUUUCCGCGGAAGUCAGUCACAAACGAAAAUCGCAAGCUGUUCGCGCUUUCAACAGCAUGGCAAAUCCUGAUUAUGUCAAGGCUCUUCCCUUACCUACGGUCAAAGAGCCAGAGCCAGAAGAAUAUUACGAGUACCAAGCUACUCUUCAAGUCGAAGCUGACUCCAGACCCGAGCUCGAAAAGAAAAUCAGUUCCAUUACAAACAUCGAAACGCUCGACAAAACAAGAACUCUGAAGGUUGAAGACGCUUACUAUGACGUUGAAGAAUACGAAGCUACGGUUCAUGUACUUGGUCACUCUGAAAAUGAGCUCCAAGAAGGCUUGCGCGAUAUUGGAGAGAUAACCGCGAUCCAAAAGGCGACCGAGCGAAAGAAGAGUGAAGACUUGGUUGAAUUUGCCAAAAGAAGCCUCACAGAUAUUCUUGACAAAAGUCCCCCUGAAGCUGUAGUUACUAAUUCUAACAGCACCAUCGCGAGUGAAUACUACGACGCAGAGGAAAGCUUCCAAGUGAAGAACGCCCCGCAUCAUACACCAACAACCUUCUUGAAUCAAAAAGAAUUCGUUCCGUCUUCCGAGGAUGAGUACAUUUCAGUCUCGAGCGAUAUCAGAGACGAAGUCCAAUCAACAGCUUUCCAUGCUUUUACGCAAAACGAAUCAUCCACUGAUUUCUGGGAGAAAAUGCCGACUAGCUCUCUGUCCUUCAAUUUAUCCAGCAACGACGUGACUCCGAGCCACAGUCUCACAUCUUAUGUACCAAGUAGCGAAGCUAUCAACAUUCCAAAAGAGGGAAUCCUUCGAAACGUCGAAGAUCCGGUAGAAAUGAAAGAAGCCGGAACUGCAACGAGCGUCACUCUUCUUCGACGAAGAGUUGUUUCCAAGUCCACCGUAAUGGAAGAAAUCGACAACGAUUCUCCUAACUUUCUUAAUCAGCCUCAAUCCCAGCCGCGUUCAGAACCCACUUCCAUCGGGCGAAGAAUCACAAACUUCCUUACUCGUUCGCCAACGAAAACAGUUUCAGCUGAGUCAAGUCAACCCGAUGGUCAAAUUAAACAUAGUUUCGGCAUCACAAGUGUACCCAAAACAGCAUCACUUGCGGUCGGAACUGAAUCCAUUACUCCAACAACGGUUGACAACUCGACUUCUCAUCACGCUCAAGAACUCAGCACCACUGGUACUUCAGCUGCAAACUUGUCCGUCGAGGAAACCGCUUCUGCGUCAGUGAUGGCUAAAACCGCAACCUUGACUACCGGCGCUGGUCCUGAUGAGCCAACAUCAUUGGUCGAUGUAGAGACUUAUGCUAACACAGAUGCAACACUUCCGGAAGAUCUGAAACCCGGCACUAGCGCUCGGCCAGAAACCGAUAUCGACUCGUUUUACUCGUAUUCAGCAACGUCUCCCGACCCAACUUUUAGUCAACAGCAACCGAUCACGAGCAUACAAGAUUCACCACCCGUUUCCGCAGCUCCAAAGUUAGUGAACGAAGAAGAGUAUUAUUCAGAAGAAGAAAUUGUACCAGUCCAGGUGCCAGCUGCCAAGAAGCCAGUAAACUAUGAAUACUCAUACAGUCUCAAUUUGUCUCAGGAAAUAAGACAAGUUCAGGCUAAUCCUGCGCCUCCACCAGCUCAAAACCAACUGAUCGACGAGGAAGAGUAUUAUUUGGAAGAAGAGGCUGUACCAGUCCAAGUUCAAGCCGCUCAGCAACCAGUUUACGAUGAGUACUCUUACAGUGCGUCUCAGGAAAUACGACAAAUUCAAGACAACGGCACUCCUCAGUCAUCCCAAUCUCAAAGUGAUGGAAUAACGCCAGAGAUUCCGAUGCCAACGAAAGUCCCUUCAAAGCCCGAAAUUGGCCGGAAUUUCGAAGCAGCUUCAAAAUCUUCGACUAAGAAUCAGUCUGUCUCUGCAGUUUCACAGGCGACGCUCUGGCCAGCGAAGGCUGAUAUGGGAACUUCUCCAGCGAAGAAUCAAACAAGAGACUUUGGUCAUGAUACGAGCCGGAGGAAUUUUGCUCAAGCGGAAGAAGGAACCGGGUCUGAUCGCCCUUUCGCAAGAUCCGCUGGAGUUCUUUCUGUCCCAACCACCGUCGAGAAGAAAGUAGAAACUCACCCUGAUCUAUCCGUCGACGAUCAAGAAACUCUGGAAGAUCUACAGAUUGGAGUUCUUUACCACAACUCUCCUCUUCAAACACUUCCCCUUCGCGCCAAAUAUCUUCUGAACCGAGAAAACUGGAGCGUUGACAAAAUGCGCCGCCAGUGGCCAGAAUUGGCAACGGAAGGACUGAUUGCCGCUUUGGAAGAAACAGGCAUCGUCAUUGAGAAUUCAAAGCGAUUCAAAGAAAUCACGGUUUACCGAAAGGAUCCGACUUGGUGGAGCGAUUUGCGAUUCCAAGUUCGCGAAAAGUUCAAAUCUGUUGGAUGGGGCGCUGAAACUUUAGCGCUGCGAAGACCCGCCAGAAUGCCAGAAUAUCUGUUCCUUUUUGCUGCUCAGUAUGGUGACAUCAUUGAAGAGACCGAAGAUGGUUUGAUCAAAGUUUCCGAGAAGGAACCAGAUUGGUACCAACGGCUUCCUUUUGGCCUCAAAGAUGCACUGAACGAAUCGGGAGUCACUUCGGAAAAAUUGCUCAAGAACAAGCUCACUGAUUUGGAAGGCGCUUUAUUGCAGUUGAUUAGAAAUUACGGAGUCUUGAUUUCCUUCGACGAGCAUGGUCUCAUUUCCGUCCGAUCGCGACUUCCAGACUGGUGGGCAAUGAUUAGGGAUGCCCUACAAAAAAAUCAACUUCUACAGUUUACAUCCGAUCGGAAUUAUUUCCGGGGACCAUAG